GCAUGCGCAGUGGCUGCCGCGGGCUUGCGCGCGCAGCUGUUGCAGGACAAGGUUCUGGAAGAUCCUUGCGGUGCGGCUGGCUGCGGAUGGUGCUGCAGUUUCUUCAAGACUGUGAAUUGGAUUCUGGAGCCCAUGAUAGUUUGCUGUGCAUAGUACCUGUUGGCAGACCAUAUUGCUAGUCCAGUAGUCUAAAGAGGACUGGAUUCCUGCUGGUGAUAGACAUGCAGGCUGUAGUACCCUUGAACAUGACGACAGCCAUCUUCCCAGACCCCCCAUCUCUGGCCUCAAGUGAACAAAGCAAGGUCCCUAGAGUGGAUACUCUUAGGGACCAGGAAAAUAUAUUAAGAAGAGAAGUGGCUGACCUAGAGUCCUUCAGGCAGAAGUUCAGGUGGUUUUGUUACUCACAAGAAGAAGGCCCCAGAAAAACCCUGAGUCAACUCUGGGAGCUCUGCAAGCAGUGGCUGAGACCAGACAUCCACACGAAAGAGCAGAUCUUAGAGCUGUUAGUGUUUGAGCAGUUCCUGAGGGUUUUGCCAGGAGAGACGAGGACUUGGGUGCAGUCACAACAUCCUGAGAGUAGUGUGGAGGUAGUGACCCUGGUCGAAAAUCUGAACCAAGCACUGGAAGAAAAGGAAGAUCUGAUCACUCAAGAUUCUGCUGUUUGCAAAGAGGAGAAUUUGGGAGAAGAUGAGAUAGUGGCUGAUCCUCCAAAUACUGAGCCAUGUGAAUCUAUAGCAUUCGAAGAUGUGGCUGUGAACUUCACCAGAGAAGAGUGGCAGAUGCUGGAACCCUCUCAAAAGGAGCUAUAUAAGGAAGUACUACUGGAAAGCUUAAGGAGCCUAGAAUUUUUGGGCUUUCCAGUUUCCAAAUUCAAUCUGAUUUCCCAACUGACAUGGGUUAAAUUGCCAAAGGCGCUUGAAAAAGAAAUCUCUAAAGGCCCCAGACCAGAGAGUGAGUCUAGAAAUGAAUUGGAUGUUUUUAUGGAAGAUUUUACCUUAGAGAAAAUAAUAGAAAGCUGCUUCAGUGAUGAUGGUCGUGGCUUGCAGACAGAAUUCCAGGAGCAUCUUGAUGGAUCCAGCGAAGAUCAUGGUGAGUGGAGUGGCUGUGAGAGUGAAGGAUCUGACCCAGAAGAGAGCCACUCUAGAAAGAAUUUCAAACAAACAUCUGAUACAGUUAAACGUCUGAGAGCCUAUUUAAGGAAGAAGUCUCAGAAGUCUAAAGAAUGCAAAAAACCCUUCAGCUUUCACUCGGAUCUUCUGAACCGAAAAGAACACAGUGCAAAAAAGUCACGGAAAUGCAAUGAAAGUGAGAAAGACCCAAGUCACUCUUCAUCUGUAACUAAACAUAAGAAUCAUCAGAAAGUUAGUGUGACGGAUAAGACCCAGAAAUGCAGUAUAUGUGGGGUAGCCUUUAUUCCAAGCUCAUCCCUUUCUAAGAAAAGCACUAGAUGUAAAAAAUGCCGCAAGAAUUUACGCCAGGGUGUAACCUCAAAUAAAGACAAGGGGCCUGAGACUGAAGAAAAAACCAGUAACUGUGGUAAAUGUGGAAAAGCCUUUAGCUAUAGUGCCUCAGUCUCUAAGCAUCAUAGGAGUCAUGCUGAAGAGACCCCCUCUAUGUGUAAUGAAUGUAGAAAUGCUUGUAGUGGUAGUUCAUCGCUCAAACCACAUCACAAAACUCACAGUAAAGAAAAAGAAAAGCCGUAUAAGUGUGAUGAAUGUGGAAAAGAUUUUAUCUUAAUUCAUGAUCUGGCUAAACAUCAAAGAACUCAUACUGGUGAAAAGCCCUAUGUAUGUAAAGACUGUGGAAGACCGUUCAGUGACAGUUCAUCACUAUAUCAACACCAGCGAAUUCAUACUGGAGAAAAACCAUACAAGUGUAAUGACUGUGGGAAAUCCUUCACUCAUAGUUCUUCUCUUUCAAAACAUCAGAGAAUUCAUACUGGAGAGAAACCCUAUAAGUGCAAUGAUUGUGGAAAAGCCUUUAGACAGAAUUCUUGCCUUACCCGACAUCAGAGGAUUCACACUGGAGAAAAACCGUAUUUGUGUAAGGAUUGUGGAUUGACUUUUAGCCAUAUUAGCACUCUCAAUUAUCAUCAAAGACUUCACACAGGAGAGAAACCCUACAAAUGUAAGCACUGUGAGAAAGCCUUCCCUACUCAUUCCCUCCUUGGCCGUCAUUUAAGAUGUCAUAGCGGUGUAAAGCCAUAUAAAUGUAAAGAAUGUGGGAAAGUCUUCAGACAGAGUUCAUCUCUUAAUGCACAUUACCGAAUUCAUACUGGAGAGAAGCCCUACAAAUGUGACUUUUGUGAAGCAACUUUUACGCGGAGCACAAUCCUUAUUGAACAUGUGAAAACUCAUAACACAAAUGCACAGUAUGAGUGUGAAGGAUGUGGUAAGAAAUGGAGAAGUAGGUCAAGCUUUCUCAAACAUCGGGCACGUCACCCUAUAGAGUAAUCUGCGAAUAUAGUAAGUGGGGGUGGGGGCCAAUCCAGAUCGUGCCCUUAUUUAAGAACUUAGGACAUAAAUUACCCAUAGCAUUGAUUAGAAACUGCAACUUAAAUGGGCUCACCUCUAGGCAAAGAAUUCUUCCCUUUCAGCCGUUUCCUUGAGGAGGGUCACUUAUGAUUAGAAUUGGUAAAGUCAUAAUGCUAAUGAAGAAAACGUGAAGUGAAAUAAUUCCAAAAGGCCAAACUGAAAUUUGGAAAACACUUUUUUUCUGUGAUAUUUCUCUCCUCAGCCCCCCUUCCAUGCCAUAUGGUGUCACGGAAAAGAACUUGACUGGACUCUCAAGUUCUGUCCCAGUUUGGCAACCAAUUCACUGUGUUGCCUCGAACAAGUCAUUUGGCCCUUCAGAAUUUAAUCUACCACUAGAAUGAAGAGAUGGCAUUGAUUUCCAAGCAUCUAGCUUAGUGAGAAUAUAGUAUACAUUUUGAAUGUUUGCUGUAGGAAUCCCCAGAAUGUGAUAAAUGGGAACAAGUCAGGGAAGCUCAAUCAAGUUUGUUUUCAGGGAGUGUUCUAAUUGCACAAAUCGCCCCAAUCUUCUUAUCCUUUGAAUUUUACCUCAGCAGGUUCAGAAUCCAGAGAGCUUGCAUGUAAGUAAGUCAACUCAACUAUAAGAGUAACAGUCCCAGGAGUAUAGACUAGGGAUAAAGAAAAACCAAAAAUAGCUAUUCUGGAUGGACUAUUAUUUUGCUUGUAGCAGGCACGGCUUCCUUCCUGUAGCCUCAGGGUAAGCAUUCUGUAUAGCAAAAGUCACAAGAUGUUAGACUGAAUCAGACUGGGCUUAGACAUGUUUCCAUUGAUUUUUGUGGUAGAGUAUAUGUAUAUAGUUGUCACUAUUUAAAAAUAAGGGAAUUUCAUGUUUUGAAGACAGUAAAACUUUAAAAAAAAUUAUAAGGACUGACACAUUGGACCCUUAUUUGCAUGGAGUGCUCAGCUGGUACCAUCUUUUAGAUGAGGAAUCUAUUCUAGCCAGGUUUUCACAAGUGUAUAACCUGACUUUUCCUACUGCAGAUGUAUGAUAUUUUGAUCCCCUGCCAUCAGGAGAAUACAUACAUUAAAAAGACCCAUUGAUAACAAGUUCAGGAAAAUUAUUAGCACAUAAGUAAAUUUAUAAGUUAUAUUUCCUUCUGUGAACUAGACCUCAAAGGAACGGACUUUACAGGUAUUGGUGGAUAGUCCUCAAUUUUUAUUGAUGGAAUCUUAAUAAUUUGUAACUGAAAAAGUAACUAAAGACUCUGAAUGAGUUCAUUUGGGUCUCAGGUCACUGGGUUCCAGAGAGGCUCUACUGGCUCAACAGUGGUACUGAAAUUCCUGAAGUUGACAUUUGAGGCAGUCCCUAAUGAAAAGAGCUAAACCAGAACUCUGGUCUUAUGGGUGUGAAGGAUCCUUAAUGCUGAUCUGAGGCUCAGGAACAUUUGCUGAUUUAAUAUGCUUAGGUUUGAAAUGCUACCUCUGGAUGUAAGACAUUUGUUUUCUUCCUGGUGCCUCCUCCCACCCCAAAGUCUGAAAGAAAUUAAUUACUGUGUGAUAAAUUGAUCGGUAUAGCUAUUGUCAUAUGGACCAAGCAAGUUCAUUCUAGCCCCCAAAGGAAUAUAGCUUAUAAGAAUCAUUUAUAUGGGCUUUCUGAAAGGAUAUAAUUCACUGGAAUAAUUAAAUAUGUAAACUCCUCUUAAGAAAAGAUCUGCUCUAGGGUACUUAGUGGUUAGGCUCCCCCAAAAUUUAUAUGAUAUUUAAUCUCAAUCUCAGUUGGGAAUCAAAACUUUUUUAUAACUUUAUUGAAGUAUAAAUUGCAUAUGAUAAAAACUCAUUUCAAGUGUGCAGUUCAGUAAGCUUUAGUCAGUUUACUGAAUUGUACAAUCAUUACCAUAAUACAUUGCUAUCACCCUGAUAAUAUCUACUAGAUAUGUCCAUUCACACAUGAUCUCCCUUCUGUGGUCCCAGGUAACCACUGAUCUGCUUUCUACCUAUACAGUGGCCCUUUUUGGACAUUUUAUAUUGGUCUUUUUCAUUUUCAUUAACAUCGUUUUAAGUCUAUACAUGCCUUUGUGCUUUCUUACUGUUAAAAUUUUAUUUAUUGUUGACUGGUGUUAAAUAGUAUUCCAUCAUUCGGAUACUUUGUUUCCUUCUGAAAAGACAUUUGGAUUUUCCCCCCUCAGUUUUUGGCUAUUUGGAACAAUACUGUGAACACUAAUGUGUAAGUCUGUAUAGACAGUCAUUUUUUUAUUUGGUACAUAUGUGUAGCUGGAAUUGCUGAGUCAUGUAAAUUUUUGUUUAAGUUUUUAGGAAACUGCCAAAUGCUUUCCAGUGUGACUACAUCAUUUUAAAUUGUGUUUCCUUUCUUUACAUCAUGGCCAACCUUUCUAAAUCUUGUCACCCUGAUACUAGUAGAAGUGGCAUUUAUGAUAUUAAUUUGCAUUUCCCUGAUGACUAACAUAUUUCCUUUGGUGAAAUGCUUAUUCAAAUCUCUUGUCUAUUUUAAAGUUAGAUUAUGGUUAAAUUAUGAUAAAUUCUUUAUCUAGAUAUACGUCUCUUUAUCCAAUAUGAAUUUUUUAGUACUGUUUAUUAACUAUAGGGGGAAAUCACCCCACUACAAGAUAUUUAUCAAUAACUAUGUACAGUUGUCUGAAGGAUUUCAGUCUAGCCUAGCACCCACCCACUUAAAUUUAUUUUUGAAUUUUGAUCAUUGAAAGAUUUUAAACUUCUGUCUCCUCACAGACUUGCUUUUUAAACAACUAUAGUGAACAUUUUUGUUUACAUUGAAUAUUAAAAUCAACCCUUGACACAUUUUAAAGCAAAGAUCUUGGUCUUUUAAAUGUUUCCUAAUAGUUCAUAUAGGAGAAAUUUCUUUUAAGUCACAGGACAAUACAAAGCCUCUGUCCAUAAUUUUACUUUUAUUCAUUUUACUUUUGAAUUAUUUUUAUUUUUUUAUUUUAUAUGUAUGAGUGUAUUGCCUGCAUGUAUGUGAGUGCACCCAUGUCAUACAAUGCCGCGGAGG